AUGGUGCAUGCAGGAGCCGCCACCAACCUCUCCGACUCCGCCAGCCAGCACGACCCCUCCGACCCUGCCAGCCGCCACCAACCCCUCCGACUCUGUCAGCCAGGGCCGACCCCUCCGACUCUGCCAGCCGGCACCAACCCUCCGACUCCGCCAGCCAGAACCGACCCCUCCGACUCUGCCAGCCGGCACCGACCCUCCGACUCCGCCAGCCAGGACCGACCCCUCCGACUCCGCCAGCUGGCACUGACCCUCCGACUCCGCCAGCCAGAACCAACCCCUCCGACUCUGCCAGCCGGCACUGACCCCUCUGACUCCGCCAGCCGCCACCAACCUCUCCGACUCCGCCAGCCAGCACGACCCCUCCGACCCUGCCAGCCGCCACCAACCCCUCCGACUCUGUCAGCCAGGGCCGACCCCUCCGACUCUGCCAGCCGGCACCGACCCUCCGACUCCGCCAGCCAGGACCGACCCUCUGACUCCGCCAGCCGGCACCGACCCCUCCGACUCUGCCAGCCGGUACCAACCCCUCCGACUCCGCCAGCCGGCAAUGACCCUCCGACUCCGCCAGCCAGGACCGACCCCUCCGACUCCUCCAGCCAGCACCAACCUCUCUGA